CCCUCGGCGAAGAGGAGAACGACCGUUAUCCUGAUGAUCAGAAGAGAAUCUGUUCUUUUCUCCGGUAAAAAGUCCGCGUUACCGGAUCGCUGAUUACACCCACUGAACCGGACAGAAGAGAGGACCGGGACACCGCUCUGUUGUGACCCGGCAGGGAGACGACACCUCCCGGGCGCUGCUGCAGCAGAGAGCCGCCGCAGUCCUCUCCGUCAGACGCCACUCACCAUCCUCUGGUUUAUAUAAAAAGAAAAUGACAAGUUCAUGGCCGACGGUGAAGACAACACAAGGGACGUGUUCUGACCAAUGAAAGGAGCCCUCAGCAGACGUCAAGCUGGCCACCGUAGCAGGAAAGAAGGCCGAGGAGGAGGAGGAGGAGCAGCCUGCAGAUACUCCAGCAGUAGCAGAGGAGGAAGAGGAGGAGUAUGAGGUGGAGAAGAUUUUGGACCACAGAGUGGUGAAGGGAAAAGUAGAGUUUCUGCUGAAAUGGAAAGGGUUCUCAGAUGAGGAUAACACAUGGGAGCCGCAAGACAACCUGGACGGCCCCGACCAUAUCGCAGAGUACAUGCAGAAACACAAGGAGAAGGAGGAGAAGAAGAAGGAGGGCAAGAGGAAAGUUGUCAGUGAGGCCUCGGGAGACUCAGAGGAGCGAGGGAGCAAGAAGAAGAAGGAGGAGAAACGGCGAGGAGGAGAGGGCCAUCAACGCAUUCACAAUGGAGAGAAGCUGUACAGCUGUGAUCAAUGUGGGGCAGAUUUCAAAUCUCAGGGUAACCUAAAAAGACAUCAACGCAUUCACACUGGAGAGAAGCCGUACAGCUGUGAUCAAUGUGGAAAAACUUUUUCUCAGAGUAGUCACCUUAAAAGACACCAUCGCACUCACACUGGAGAUAAGCCUUACAGCUGUGAUCAAUGUGGGGCAGCUUUCAUACAUCAGCGUCACCUUAAAAGACAUCAGCGCAUUCACACUGGAGAUAAACCGUACAGGUGUGAUCAAUGUGGGAGAACCUUUUCUAAGAGUGGUGACCUUAAAAGACACCAUCGCACUCACACUAGAGAUAAGCCUUACAGCUGUGAUCAAUGUGGGGCAGCUUUCAUACAUCAGCGUCACCUUAAAAGACAUCAGCGCAUUCACACUGGAGAUAAACCGUACAGGUGUGAACAAUGUGGGAAAACUUUUUCUCAGAGUCAUAGUCUUAAAAACCACCAGCCCAUUCACACUGGAGAAAAGCCAUACAGGUGUGAACAAUGUGGGAAAACCUUUUCUCAGAGUAGUAGCCUUAAAAGACACCACCAGCUCAUUCACAUUCACAGCUCGUACUGUUUUACAACAAUGUUCCCACAGUGUGAAGACCCAAAGCCUGCAGCACCUCCUGCAGCAGAAACAGCAGUGAAGAAGGAAGAGGAGGAGUAUGUGGUGGAGAAGGUGUUGGACCGCAGAGUGGUGAAGGGAAGAGUAGAGUUUCUGCUGAAAUGGAAGGGGUUCUCAGAUGAGGAUAACACAUGGGAGCCGCAAAACAACCUGGAUUGCCCCGACCUUAUCACAGAGUACAUGCAGAAAUACAAGGAGAAGGAGGAGAAGAAGAAGGAGGGAAAGAGGAAAGUUGUCAUUGAGGCCUCAGUAGACUCAGAGGAGCGAGGGAGCAAGAGGAAGAAGGAGGAGAAACGGAGAGGAGGAGAGGGACCCACACGUCACCACUGUCAGCACUGUGACAAAUCCUUCACAAGAUCUGGAUAUUUAAAGAUUCAUCAGAGAGUUCACACUGGACAGAAUUUACACAGCUGUGAUCAAUGUGGGGCAGUUUUCACACAACAGUGUACCCUGACCAGACAUCAACACAUUCACAGUGGAGAUAAACCGUACAGCUGUGAUCAGUGUGGGGCAGCUUUCACACAACAGGGUACUCUGAACCGACAUCAACACACUCAUGCUGGAGAGAAGUCGUACAGCUGUGAUCAAUGUGGGGCAGCUUUCACACAACAGAGUACCCUAACAAUACAUCAACGCAUUCACACUGGAGAGAAACCUUACAGCUGUGAUCAAUGUGGGGCAGCUUUCACACAACAGAGUACCCUCAAAAGCCAUAAACGUAUUCACACUGGAGAGAAGCCUUACAGCUGUGAUCAAUGUGGGGCAGCUUUCACACGACAGGAUACCCUAACAAUACAUCAACGCAUUCACACUGGAGAGAAACCUUACAGCUGUGAUCAAUGUGGGGCAGCUUUCACACAACAGAGUACCCUAAAAAGCCAUAAAUGCAUGUGGAAAAACUUUUACUCACACCAGUAACCUUGAAAGACACCACCAGCGCAUUCACACUGCCUCGUUGUGAACAUGUUUCCGAGCCAAGCUGUUUCCUCCUGCCUCCUCCUCAUGCCCUGAUAGCUGUGUUGUUAUAUUCU